AUGGGUAACCCAGAACCCCUCGUCAAGAUCAAACCAUUCCGGUUCCUCGAUCUCCCUCCAGACAUCCGGCAGGAGAUAUAUAUUCUCACAGUCGCCAGUCCCGACGCAGGAGUAGUAGAUCUGAAUCCCCUACAUGACGAACAUCGCUUCCCUUCAUUUCCCCAUGACCUUCUUUUAGCCAACCAGCAAAUCUACCACGAAAUCCGAUCGAUUUACUUCAGCCACAACUCCUUCUACCUCACCAUCCGACACGGCCACAACAAGGACCUCCUCCCAUCCUUAGCCCCCGAGUUCCAGGAUAACCGGCGUGAAAUCAAGAGUUUACAUAUCUGGCUCCAGCGAUGGGGAGCGAACCGUUUCUUCCUCGAUAGCUUCGCACCCGCGAUAGAAGAUAUGAUCUUGAAUGGGAAAUUGAGGGAGCUGGAGGUUGUCAUCAACCACCCCGAAACUCUCAGGUAUACACAAAUGGGGAGCCUAGAGUUGUCUGAGAAUUGGAGGGCGUUAAAGAGGAUAUGUAGGGAUCCGUAUUUGGAAACGGUGAAGCUCAAGGCUCAUGGGGUGAAGAAUUUCAUGAGGAGAAAUGUCGUCCCAAGGUCUACAGGUAAACAUAGGGAUAUUACUUGGAUGCUUAGUGAACCUGAUUAA